AUGAAGGGAGGAGUAACUCGCAUGAAGGAGCACUUAUCCAGCUCACACAAGAAUGUAGCACCUUGUGCAAAUGUUUCGGAUAACGUGAAGGAGGAAAUUACACCUUAUAUGAAAAAGAGCACGACAACCAAACAUUUACAACAUGAGCAAUUUGAUGAAAGGGUCGAAUAUGAUGCUUACUUUGGGAGCGAGGGUGGAAAUGGCUCUUCUUCCACUAUACAUAAUAUAGGUGCACGGGGUCCUAUGGACCAGUACAUGACUACUCCAGGAGAGGAUAGAGGACAAGCACAGAUGAUGCCUGCGGCUGGGUUGUAUGGGAGAGGGUUGAAGGCACCUUCCAUGUACGAGUUGCGAACAUGGAUUUUAAAGGAGCUGCAGAACAUAGAGCAUAACAUUGAUGAGAUUAAACGGACAUGGAUUGAGACUGGUGUUACCAUUAUGUUAAAUGGGUGGUCUGACAUGAAGAGCAGGAGCUUGAUUAAUAUCCUUGUUAACAAUCCCUACAGCACUGUGUUUUUACGGUCAGUUGAAGCUUCAGAUGAGAUUAAAAAUGCUGAAUUCAUUUUCAAUUUAAUAGAUGGGGUUGUUGAUGAGAUUGGGGAGCAAUUGGUUGUUCAGGUGGUGACUGACAAUGCAAGUGCAUACAAAGCAGCUGGUCAGAUGUUAAUGAAGAAGAGGAAACACCUGUAUUGGACCCCCUGCACAGCACACUGCAUUACUUUUAUAUUGGAGGAACUUGGUGAUUUACCUCAACAUAAGAGUGCUCUUUCAAGGGCGAAGAAGAUCACAAAGUUCAUAUACAACCACUCGUGGGUCUUAGCUUUAAUGAGAAAGUUUUCAAAGAAGGAAAUCAUCUGUCCUGCAACCACUGGGUUCGUUAUUACAUUUGUUUACUUCAAAUCAUUUUCAAUUCUUAAUGCAAAUUUAUUCUACAGGUUUUUCACAUCUUAUUUGACACUGCAGAGCCUGUUAGAUGUGAGGCAACCUCUUGACGCAAUGUUUACAUCAACAUAA